AUGGAGGCGACGUUUGCGGUCAAUUAUUUGGCGAAUCUACUCUUGAUAUUGCUUCUGCUGCAGAGUAUGGAUAAGAAAACAGGACGUGUAGUCUUGGUCGCAAGCUGGACGCACGAUCCUGCGCACGCAUUGAAUGCGUUCAUUACGGCUGAAGAGCACAAGACAAUAUUUAACGGCUCGCUAGGCUCUUGGUCAAAGCCAGGAAAGGACGAAGAGGGUGAUGAUUACAAUGCUGCGACCGACGUCUUGGAGGCUAGCUUCGACGAAGCCAAGAUUGGCAAGUAUCCUAAGGCAAUCUAUCUGAAUGGCAAUGCGAAGGUUCAAUCAAGCCCUGAGACAAGGGACGAGCAGAAGCAGAGACUGCUGUGGAGUGAGAGUGUAAAACUGGCUGGCAUUCAGCAGGAAGAAACUGUCUUGACUCUAGACUCAUGA